UAGUGGAACACAUUUUCUCUUUGCUUGCUGCUAUACAAACAUGCAAUAAGUAAUUCUACUCAGUAUAAAAACAAUUGAAGCAAGAAAGAAAACCAAGAUUUCGUUGUUGGUUACAGAAGAAGCAACAUCUUUCUUACUAUUUUUCCUAAAAAUCAGCUAAAUUCAUCACUAUUCAACAUGUUUCGAGCUGCACUUUUCAUAUUUGUCCUUCUCGUCGUUGCCGUCUAUGCAGAAGCAGGAUACAGGAAACCACCAUUUAAUGGAAGUAUUUUUGGCAAAAGAUCCGUUGCCAUGGCUGGCGACUAUGAUGUAGCUAACAGAGCUUUAACAGCAAUGUGCGAAGUAGCUAGUGAAACAUGCACCACUUGGUACAAUCGUCAAGACAUGAACUAAACUACUUCAACUCCGAAGAAUCGAUGAUCUGCCUAUUUACAGAAAUCCAGUAACUUAGCUUCAAAGAUGUACAAAAAUGCUAAAAAACAUUAUGUAACAACAAUAUGCUUAUGUAACAACAGUAAUCUUUACUACACAUUACUUUAAUAUGCAGCAAAAUUAUACAUGUAUUUAUUCAAUGCAUUUUCAAAGUCAAGUACAUUGUAUGUAUAUCAAGGAUCAAGUAGAAAUUGUAAUCAUAUUUUAUCUAAAUUAUUAAACUUAAUUGUAGAGGAUUAUGUUAAAAAGUAAUAAUAUCAACACAAAAUGUCUGUUAGUAUAAUUUGAAAAAUUAAAUGCUGGAAAAGUAGUACGUAUACUUUACUUUUAAGUUAAAACAAUGGAUUACUUUAAAACGUAUUUUUAAAUUGAUGAAUAUUUAUUGAAAGUAGUGUUCUUAAAAUCAGAUAUGUAGAUGAAUGUGUCAAGUAUGUUUGGCACGUUUCUUUUCACCUGUUGAUAUAAGGGCUAUGACCUCUUUCCUCUUUACAUUGCUAUUAAAGAAAUCUAAAUAUAUUAGAAGUAAAAGUUUAGACAAAAAUAAAUAUUACACGCACUUAUGCAGUGCUAUAUUAUGGAUCAAGAAUGUAAUUCAUCUUCUCAAAAAUCUUGCUUUUAUUCAAGUCUACGUAAUAUUAAUAACCAACUAUUUAUUUUCUCUGUAAUAAAACUUUUUUGAAUUAACAACUUUUUUU